CAUGGCGAUGAGAGGCACGGACCAGAGAUUCUCCCUGUUAGAAGUGUCUGAUGGGGUCUGGUAUAUUUUGAUACAGAAACUGAGAGAAGCCGAGAGUAAAUCACAUCACAACUGCAUCAUCGUGUGGGAUCUCUUUUAUUAAGAAGAAAACACAACGCAGACGGAAACCCACUACACUUGGAGUGAGGAAGCUGCUUUACAGAUUUGCAGACACAUGUUUUUCACACAUCACUCAAACACAGAACCAGGAAACAGGAAACUCUUCAGUUCAGAGAAACUGAAACUGAAGUGCAGUUGAGCUGUUGUGUGUUUGUGUCUCUGUAUUCAAGCAGUAAAAUGGCAGAAGCCAGAAUUUCUCAGGAUGAGUUCCAGUGUUCAGUGUGUCUGGAUCUCCUGAAGGAUCCAGUGACCACUUCCUGUGGACACAGUUUCUGUAAGAUCUGUAUUACAGGCUGCUGGGAUCAGGAGGAUGAGAAGAGAGUCUACAGCUGCCCUCAGUGCAGACAGACCUUCAGUCCAAGACCUGUUUUAAUUAAAAACACCAUGCUGGCUGAAGUGGUGGAGAAACUGAAGACUAAACUUCCUGAUGACUGUUACGCUGGAGCUGGAGAUGUGCAGUGUGACAUCUGUGAUGGAAGAAAACGCAAAGCCAUCAAGUCCUGUCUGGAGUGUCUGGAGUCUUAUUGUGAGAAUCACCUUGAACAACAUGAGAGUUUCUUUAAAAGAAAGAGACACAAUCUGACUGAUGCCACUGGACGACUGCAGGAGAUGAUCUGCCAAACACAUGAUAAACUCCUUGAGGUUUUCUGCCGCACUGAUCAGAAGUUUAUAUGUUUGCUGUGUACGAUGGAUGAACAUAAAAACCACGACACUGUAUCAGCUGCAGCACAGAGGACAGAGAAUCAGAAGCAGCUGAAGGAGACGCAGAGGUCGUUCCAGCAGAGGAUCCAGCAGAGAGAGAAAGAUCUUCAGCAGCUGAGAGAGGCUGUGGCGUCUCAUAAGCGCUCUGCACAGACAGCAGUGGAGGACAGUGAGAGGAUCUUCACUGAGCUUAUCCGCUCCAUUGAGAGAAGCCGCUCUGAGGCGACACAGCGGGAAAAGACUGCAGUGAGUCGAGCUGAAGGACGACUGGAGCGACUCGAGCAGGAGAUCAAUGAUCUGAGGAGGAGAGACGCUGAGCUGGAGCAGCUUUCACACACACAGGAUCAUAUCCAGUUCCUGCAGAGUUUCCAGUCUCUCUCAGCUCCUCCUGAAUCUACAGACAUAAAUGACAAUCACUUCAGUUCUCUCUCUUCUUUUGAUGGCGUGAGAGAAUCUGUCCGUCAGCUGAGAGACAAACUGGAGAAUUUCUGCAAAGAGGACAUCAAGAAGAUCUCUGACAGAGUCACUUUCACCAACAUUGUUCCCAAGACCAGGAACGAUUUCCUACAAUAUUCCCAUCAGCUCAAUCUGGAUCUGAACACAGCACAUAAAAUCCUCCGUCUGUCUGAGAGGAACAGCGUGAUUAAAUUCACUAGCAGAGAUCAGUUGUAUCCUGAUCAUCCAGACAGAUUUGAUGUGUAUCCUCAGGUGUUGUGUAGAGAGAGUGUGUGUGGACGCUGUUACUGGGAGAUUGAGUGGAGUGGGAGAAGUGUGUGUAUAUCAGUGUCAUACAAGAGCAUCAGCAGGAAGGGACGGGUUAAGUGUGUGUUUGGAGAUAAUGAUCAGUCCUGGAGUUUGUUCUGCACUCCUAAAAGAUUCUCAUUCUGGCACAAUAACAUAGAGACUAAACUCCCUGUAGAGCCCAUCAGCAGAAAAAUAGGAGUGUAUGUGGAUCACAGUGCAGGAACUCUGUCUUUCUACAACGUCUCUGAUACAACGAGCCUCAUACACACAGUCCAGACCACAUUCACUGACACACUCUAUCCUGGGUUUAGGGUUUAUUCUAGAUCAUCAGUGAAACUAUGUUGAUGUAUCAGAAUAGACUGUAGAGAGAUUCUACCCAAAAUACUUUGAACUGCAUGAUAAAUCAGUGACUGUCACACACUGGCUUGAUUAGAUAAUCCGAGAUAAGAGGCUUGAUGCUGAAAGACGAUGAACACUUAUAUUUAAUAAACAUCAGGUAUAACACCAGCAAGAAACAUUAAAACAAGACAAUUAACAUAUAAUGACUGAGGGUUUAACCCUCUGGGGACCAAGGUGUUUUUGGGGCCCUUGGGAUGUUUUGACAUGCACUGACAUUUGUGCUUUUUUCAGUUAUUUAUAAACAUGUUAAUGGCAAAGGUGUAAAUUCACUCUAUAUAGCACAAACGGGGCUACCAUAAUAUGUGAGCAACAUGUAUGUACAUGUUUGUAUUUUUAAGAGAAUAAUGUUUAUGCAUGUUUAUUGAAAAAAAUUAAAAUGAAAGUUGCUGAAAUAAGACCACAAAACACAUACUAAAUAUGUGUCCACAAGACUUUUGACUAAUGGAUGUUGUCGCUUCGAGUUCUGGGGUCAAAAUGAUGUGAAAA